AUGAGAGACGAAAAGGCAGAGGUGCAAGCUACGACGUCUGCCCUUGAGGAACGACCCUCACUAUCUCAUCGGAAGCAUGGACCGACGCUGAAGCGUGCCGCUUCUUUCGACCAGGAUAGUGGCGAAGCAAGUCUAAGCGACGAUGCAAGCACUCGCUCCAUCGUAGACUCAUUGGAUCUUGCACCAUCAUUGCCGUACUGGUUUGCUUAUGUACGUGCGCGCAUGGCAGAGUAUGCUCAUGACAUUGAGCAACUUGUACAUGCGAACCAGGCGCACAAACUCUCGAUACUUGUCCCGCUGGAGCACAUGGAAACUAGACUCAGUGCUGCGCACGACGCCAUGGUCCGUAUGAUGCGGGACUGGUCGUUGGCACAUGGAGGUGCCGAGUGGUUUGAUAAGUUGUCGUCUCUAAGCGAAGUAAAGGGACAUGUCUACACACUCAUGACUGAAUGGGAACGACGCGUACAUACCCUACAUCCAACACUUUUUGACAGCGUUUCGGCUGCGGAAAUGAAGCAAAUCCCAAGACGAUGGGCAUCCCGUAUGCCCGCGACAGCAGCCUAUUUGUCGGAAGAAGUGCAACGAAGUCUCGCGGCUGUCCGAGGCCAUAUCCAAAAUGUCACGCUGCCUUCGCUGCGAGAAUCAUCAUCAUCAUGGGCGCAUGAUGCGCAAUCGAUGCUGCCACAGCACAUACCUUCCUUACACGACUUGCCACAACAUGUGGAAGAGGCACUUCAAACGAUUGGGCGCUGUGGACGAGAAGCUGGUGCACAGUUUGUGCACGCAGUACACGAUGUGGAAGAUGCUCUGUACCAUGCUGCCCUACGUCUGGCAAAGAAUGGCCGAGAACUCAUACCCUACCAGUCUCUUCCGGUGCUGUGGCGCAAUAACGACUUUAUCACGACCGGAUAUCGAUUUAUUCCCAAGGACCAAUGGCACAAUCUGAUCCUUAGCGCUUUUCGUGUUCACAAUGAGACAGGCAACAUUCAUACGCAUUUGAGUGGACUGCUCCUUGUGUCCUUUUUGUUUUGGCUGACAGGCUCCGUUGAUUCCGAUACGACCACCACAGCGGAUCGGUGGAUGAUGAUUAUGUAUUUGCUUGCCGCUGCGAAAUGUCUGCUCUGCUCAAUUUCAUGGCACGUCAUGGCGGGCUGCGCAGAUAUUCAAUGGUUCAUGUGUUUUGCGUGCAUUGACUACACGGGAAUAUCUUGGCUCGUCGCUGCAUCACUCGAGACUCUGGUGUUCAAUGGCUUUUACUGCCAGCCCGGGCUCAUUGCCAUCUACACGAUAGGCGUCAUUGGCGUCGGCAUUGCAAUGUCUGUCUUGCCUUGGUCUGCAUGGUUCAAUGACCCGAGUUACCGCUCCAUUCGUAUAGCCAUGUUCAUUGGAAUGGCUUGUAUGGGAUUUGUGCCAUUUGUGCACGGUGCUGUACUCCAUGGCUUUGGUCCCAUGGUUCGCUUCUACGGACCUGUUGUUCCAAGCUUGCUCUCGUACAUCGCGGGUGUCGUCGUAUACGGAUUACGAUGGCCUGAGCGCGUGGCGCCAGGGAAGUUCGACAUUGUUGGUCAUUCACACCAACUGUGGCAUCUAGCCAUCGUGCUUGCAAUCUAUUUGCAUUACAAGGCGGUCCUGUCGUUUGAGAAACACCGGUACGAGUUCAGUUGCUCGGCAGGUUAUACCCCAUCACCUACCCUUGAGCAACUGUUCAUUCUGAUGCGACGUGUAUCCCAGUACAUUUACAAUGCAGGAGCCAAAGACGGACCACUUACGACGUGA